CACUGAGCUUUGUUAAUAGCUGCUUCACCACCUUUGCUUCUCAUCUUCCUAUCUUUGUUACAACAAUGGAUGUUAUAGGUUUUGGUUUCAGACCCACAGAAGAAGAACUUGUCGACUAUUACCUCAGACACAGGUUGCUCGGUGAUGAUCCACAAGUCCACGUCAUCCCCGACAUCGACCUUUGUGAAGUGGAACCUUGGGACGUACCAAUGUUAUUCGGGGAAUCAGACGUGCAAUUCGAUUUUCGAGAAUGGUUUUUCUUCAGUCCUGUUGGUUUCAAGUAUUCAAACAGUAAAAGGAUUAACAGGACAACCAAGUGUGGCUUCUGGAAACCCACUGGAAAAGAUCGUGAGAUUAGGAGCUCCGACUCCAACAUUCUCAUUGCCACAAAAAAGACUCUCGUUUACUACAAAGGCCGCGUUUCACGUGCUGAGAAGUCCAACUGGGUUAUUCAUGAAUACCAUACCUUUCACGAAAGCCAGAGGACUUUCGUUUUGUGUCGCUUGAUGAAGAAACCUGGGGGAACAACUGAAGAUGGAGGUGAUGAAGGGGAGAGCAGUAGAAUCAUGGUUCCUGGCUAUGAGAAUCAGUCAAUAGCAGGAGGCAUUCCUUCAGGAAUUACUUUUACUGGAAUGGAAACGACCUUACAGCAAGACGAAACGUCUUUUCCAAACUCCUCAUAUCACGAUGCCUAUUUUAGAAAUGAAUCUAACAUUGAGCAUAUUUCAUAUGAAACUACCCAGGAAGAGGAAUUCCUGAAUAAUAUUUUUGUUCAUGACGGUUAUGUUAACAAUGAACAAAAUAUAAAUACCUUCUACAAUACUUUCACCCCAUCGGAGUCAUUGAGAAAGGUAUACCAUCAGAGUAAUGAUACGGAUGCUGAGGUCGUCUACGAACAGGGUGAUAAUAUUAUGAAUAUUUCAACAGUGUUUAAUAGAUAUCUUAACUUAGAUGAAUACCAUUCAUCAAAAGGGUUUGAUUCUGAAUUAUCAGACGUGGAUAUCAAGGAAGAUGUAGGUAUGCCAUCUUCCGUCCAUGAAACAAACCAAGAGAAAAAGAAGAAGAAAAAGAAGAGCAUAUUUUCUUUCUUCUAAUCAUCACAGAGGAAGGUUUCAAACAAUGCAGUAUUCCAUGUAGAGGUGAGAAAAUCAAACAGAUUCAUUAGAAAAUGAAGAUUACUUUCUUGACGAAUGAGGCAGAUGCUUCAUUUGAACUGAUUUUCACUGUAACAUAUUGAUACACCGUGCUGCACUUGAUGUAUUUUGUAGGCUCGGAAGGAUUUUUUCAUUGUGAAUCAGAAGAACCGGAAGCCAUCAAUCUUCUGAUAACAAUAGUAAAGGUUCUUUCAUCUAUAUGGAGACAACGUCAUCAAGACAACGUAGUUUUAAUGGUUUUUAUGUGUGUAUUAUCACGUUAGUUUGGAAGUAUUAUCACUUUAAGUAGUAUAUGUGAAGGGCUGAUGGUGAGUGUUCCCAUAGUUCCUUUUCUUGUAGUUUGAUAACGUCGAAAACUGUCUUAAGAAUUUCAUCAUUGUAAGAUAGGUAAGACACGCAGUUCACUUGUA